CAGAGAGAGAGAGAAGAGGAAGAAAAAGCAUAUCAGGAUAGAGCUUAAAGUCAUAUCAACCAAGAGAUCUUGCUACAACCUUCAACGCACUCCAUGAAAAGACAACAACCAUAAACAAAAACGAAGCUGGUGCCGAAACUGCCAAAACUGCCAGAACCCGCAUGGUCAAAACUUGACGUUUGGAAAUACCGCAAUAAUGAGCUCAAUCACUCUUUCCCACACCACAGAUGUCAACCUACAAGCUGCACGUUUAACCCGGCAUCUGUUGGACAAUGAUGGCCCUGAUGAUGACGCGGAGCUCAUGGCAUCUACCGUCUACGAUACGGCCUGGCUUGCGCUGGUCAAGAAGCGAGACACUGGCGGACAGCAGCAAUGGCUUUUCCCGGAGUGCUUCCAAUACAUUCUUGAAACGCAGCAAACGGACGGCGGCUGGGAGGCCCGCCGCUCUCAAGUGGAUGAUAUUCUCAAUACGGCAGCCUCGCUGCUCGUCCUUUGGCGCCAUGCCUCCGAACCGCUCCAAUUGACGUCUGGGCAAGCUGCAGAGGUGAAGGAUCGGGUCGAACGGGCGACGGCUGCUCUCCAACAUAUGUUAGAUGACUGGGACGUGUCUGCAGCGACGCACGUCGGCUGCGAAAUAAUAGUGCCGACGCUGCUCCGCCUCCUCAAAGAAGAAGGGGCUUCAUUCGAAUUCCCGAGCAGAGAUGCUUUGAUGGAUAUGCACACGGCCAAGAUGUCGGCCUUCAACCCAGAAUGCCUCUAUGGAAAGACGCAGGUGGCGGCCUUGCAUCACCUCGAGGCAUUCAUGGGCCAAAUCGACUACAGCAGGGUUGCACACCACAAGGUCGAUGGCGGUUUCAUGCGCUCGCCUUCUUCUACGGCGGCAUACCUCAUUGGUUUACCGGAUCCGGCAUGGGACGAUGAGGCGGAGAAUUAUCUGGCCACCGUUUUGACCAAGACGGGCGGCAAAGGUGCCCCCGGUGCAUUCCCCUCCACCAACUUGGAGUCUUCAUCGAAGGCCAUAUCAACCCUUUUACAGGCCGGAUUCUCGGCGAAGCACCUAGGCUCGUCCGCGACGGAGGUCGCCCAGCUACUGGACCAGGCGUUAGAGGAGGGAAGCGGCACCGUCGGAAAAAUGCCCUCCGUCAUGGCCGACGCCGGCGAUACGGCCCAAGUUCUCGGCGCGCUGGGUAAGCUUGGUAUUCCCAAGCCUGCCAAGCUGGAUUGCGUGACAAGCAACCAUACCCGAAUCGAUCCGUCGGACCGCGGGUAUAACAGGUUCGGCGUCAUCGGCAACGUCCUCAUCGCGCUGCUGCACCAGCCCGACCCGGCCAAGCAUAUCGGCCAGAUUUCCGUUGUGCUCGAAGAUUUGUGUCAUGCUUGGUGGAAGACUCCUUGGCCGGUCCAAGACGAACGAAACCUUUCUCCCUUAUAUCCCGGCAUGGUCGUGGUACAGGCCCUGGUAGAGGUGCUCGAUCUGGUGGAAACCGACAGGCUGCCCGAGUCUCUGGUGUCCGAUACCAAGAUCAGGACCAAGAUAGCAGUCGCCAUAUUCCACGUAGCCAUCCGCACGGUAGAGGCGCAGGAGGGCGAGGGCUCAUGGGGCGAGUCGGUGGAGGAGACGGCCUACGCUGUCAUCCUUCUCUCGGGAGCGGCUCGGAUCACCAUCUUCGACCCGGUCAGGCAACAGCUCGUCGACGCCGUGCGGAGGGCUGAGAAAUGGCUUGGGCCCAGGGCCUCGCCGGCGGGAGACCGUCUUUGGACCGGCAAGCUGACUUACGGUAGCCCGGUUGUGACUCGGGCCUACCGGCUCGCCGCCCUAAGGUCCGCGUCGCAAAUCGCAGCAGCGGGUACGGUAGGACGUUGCUUGCACACUGCCGGUCCCGCGCGCGAGUCGCUGGCGUAUGUCAAAGUAUACCGCGCCACACCCCUGUUUUCCGACGUCCCGGAGCAUCGACUUCUCACAGCCGUCAUAGAGAGUUCGCUCUUUCUGCCGAUGCUGAAAGAGCACACAUACGACGUGUUUACGCGUGAAAACGUGGGCAAGGAUAAAUAUUUCACCUUGAUACCUUUUACAUGGACCGGUUGCUGCAUGAUCAUGGGGCUGCAGCCGUCGGCCGAGUUCCUGUGGGAACUGACGACCAUUGGGGUCUUGGGCUUCCAAGUCGACGAGUUCAUCGAGGGGGUGGCACAACCCGUGUUCGCCGGCAAUCAUGACGUGGUAAAGCGGUACGUGCGAUACCUCCUGCCUAUGGAGCCGAGUGAUUCGGCUACGGAGCCGGACGGGCUCCAGGGCAUUGAGCGCCUCAAGCCGCUGCAGUCGUUUAGGAACUUUAUCAUGCAACACUGGGCCGUCGCGGCGGCGACUCCCGCCGACAGACUCAACCUUGCGCGCGAGCUGCGGGCGUAUCUCCUUGCGCAGAUCCAGCAGGCGGAAGACAACGUCCGCUUCGCCCAGAGUGCCGUAUUCGCUCCCGCGACGAGCUACUUUUCCUGGGCGCGCUCCAUCGCUACCGACCACAUUGCGUCACCUCUUUACUUCGCCUUCCUGGCAUGCCUGAUCCCGCAGACUGUCUGCCCUUCCCUAGCUGGUGCGGACAUCCUGCCUACUGUCGAGGAAAAGUACUACGCCGAGGCUGUCAGCAACCACUCGGGCUGCAUGUGCCGCAUCUACAAUGACUUGGGUUCCGUCUCACGCGACGCCGCGGAAGGGAAUAUCAACUCGCUCGAUUACCCCGACUUUGACCAUACGGUAAGCAAGACUAAAAAGGAGGCCCUGUGGGAGAUCGCCCAGUUCGAGAGGGCGGCUUGGGAAGAUGCCUUGAGGAGGCUAGAGGGGGCCUCGAAGAGACGUAUGGCUCAGCUGGGGGACAAGGCAAGGAAAUCGAUCGAGAUGAGGAUGAAAUAUUGGCGCAUGUAUUGCCACAUCACAGAUUUGUACGGGCAGAUUUGGGUGGUACGGGACUUUUCUAGUGACGUUAUCCAAGCCGCGCGCCGUUAGACAGACAGGUCGGUCGAGGUUUUUACCCAGCCCGCCGUUAACAAACGGGGAGUUGUACAGUUUGUUGCGUUGGCACCGUCCAAAACCUUUUGCAUGGUCCGUGCACAGAAACCCCCUAUUUUCUAAAAACCAAAAAAGCCAAAAGUAGGGCUUCUAGC